AUGCCACUAACAGGACCAGAGAAGUCAGUAACCUUGAAGAGCCCCCUUCCUCCAACGUCCCAGAUUCCAGGUCUUGGUGACCUUGCAAAAGCUCCCCAUGAAGUGCCAUCCAGGUGCCGCAGGAAGUGGAUCAAAGAGACAGAUUCAACUUAUGUCAGGCUGGCAAAGCAAGGAGGCCAACCUGACCUACUGAAGCACUACACUGCUGUGACAAGUAAGUCCUCUCCAGUAGCAUAUGCUGCGCCUGACUGGUACUUGCACUGCUCCGAUCCCCCAGCGACCAGUAAGACACGGAGCUAUGUUUCCUCUCUACCAGAUUAUAUAAUUCACAGAGAGUUUAAGGCUGAUGAACAUUGUGGUAAUCGUUAUGAGAUAAGAAGAGGUCCUUUUGAUUUUGAUACAAAAAGUGUUUGGCAGCGGGAUGCUGAGGACAAAGAAAAGGCAGAGAAAAAGAAGGUAAAGCUCCCAGCUAUAAAUCCUAAAUAUCCAAGCAGAAUGCCAAAUGUUUCUACGAACAAGGAAUUUAGCGGGGAAAAAAAGCUUUCCUUCCCACCUAUGCCUGCUCAGAGAAAAAGUGAAGCAGUAAACUUUAGCAAAUUAAUUAGCAAUGGUUAUGGGACUGACUGGCUUCAGCAGCAUACCAGAAGGGACAAAAAGAUUCAAGAAAUACCAGAAAAUAGUGAUCAGUCCAAAGAUUCAGAGCCAUCAGAGUCUGAAUCAGCACCUACAAGCAACGAGUCAAAGCCACUGCCAA